ACGAAUCAGAAAAUGUCAACCUCAACUGAGAAGGAUCAAUGUGAUCAUGGAACAAUGGACAUUAAAAUGGAAAAGAGGGGAGAACCACGGGAGAAAGGAUCUACGAAACCUAAAGUUCUCUACUACAAAAGCAAUCCCAAUUUUGCUGUCAUUAUUCCAAGCAAUGAAUCUACGGGAGAACCAGUCUUCACAGCUUUCCUUUCUGUCUUAUUAAAAGAAAAAAGUCAUCAAACGAAAGAUAUAGAAGACUUAGAAAAAGGAAUUCUUUGUUUUGUUGUAUGUUGUCUAUUAUCUAGAUUAGAGGCGGACGUUACAGCAGUGUGGGAAAAAUGGAAAACAUUCAACAAAGAAGAUUCAAAAACAAUGUUUGUCGUACUUAAACCCAAGGACAAAGAUAUAACUGUAGAAAACAUUACAUCGAUACUUUCAAACGUAAUUGACAACCACGUUUCAACUACUGUUAUACACUUCAAAGAUAAUAACGAAAUUCCCAAAAAAAUUAAUCAAAAUGCAAAACAAGACAUCGGAAAAUUUUUGAACAAGAGAAUUUGCUCUAAUUGUUGCUGUUUUUAA